AUGAACUGCGUGCAAGAGCAAGCGCUACCUGCGGCGUUCAAUUCAAAUGGAAAUCUCGUCGUGAGCAGUCCCACUGGGUCGGGGAAAACGUCCAUCUUUGAAGCUGCCUUCCUUCGCCACUGGAAGGAACAGCGCCAGCACAAUGCUACUUCGACCUCGGGGGUGGUGUUAUACCUCGCUCCGGUCAAGUCACUGCUGCACGAAAGAAAACUCAAUUGGAGUAAACGCUUCAAACCACUUGACAUAACUUUUCUCGACCUGCAUGACCUGGCGUUUGAAGACUUGCAAAGUAUUAUGAAGCACGACGUACUCCUCAGCACACCGGAAAAGUGGGACGUUUUGACUCGAAGCUCACUGGAAUUGCUUGGCUGUGUGGGUUUGCUCUUGGUGGAUGAAGUUCAUCAUAUUGCCGAUGGUGUACGAGGGGCUACGUUGGAAGCCGUGAUCACUCGAAUGUUGUACUGCAGCAGAAUCACUUUCAACCAGAAUCAUAGAGCUCCACUGACAACAUUGCGAAUUGUUGCCGCAUCGGCAACAUUUCCAAACAUCAACGACAUUGGUACAUGGAUCGGGUGUAAACAGGACAUGAUAUUCGAGUUUGGUCCGCAAUAUCGUCCAGUUCCCUUGGAACUUCAUGUCCUUGGCUUUAAGUCGUUUGGAAAUGAUUAUCUCUUUGAAACACAAUUGGAUCAAAAAGUUCCUGAUGUGUUGACAAAAUACUCCAAUGGAAAGCCUGCGCUAAUAUUUUGUGCAUCGCGAAAGGCAUCCAUUGAAUUGGCCAAAAUGCUCGUGA